AUGUUGCACCUGUACCGUCUCCUCCUCGUCCACCUUUUCAUCUCCUCCGCUUUCUCUGUUGAUUUCCUAUUCAAUUCCUUCAAUGACAACACGAAUCUUACACUCGUUGGGGAUGCUCGAGUUGAUUCCUCUGUCAUUAAAUUAACAAAGGCCUCCGAUGGGUACUCCGUCGGACGAGCCUUCUUCGAAUUUCCAAUCCGCAUGAGAAAUAACUCUAAUUAUCUCUUAUCCUUCUCGACCUCAUUUGUUUUUUCCAUACUCCCUCCAACCGGUUCAAGCCCUGGUUAUGGUCUUGCCUUCGUUCUCUGCAACUCUACCUCUUUCGGCAUCGGCGAUGAUGACACGUCGUACCAAUACUUUGGUCUAUUUCCCAACUCCACCCGGCGUUCCAUUGCUCCUAUCCUAGCCGUUGAAUUCGAUACCGGCUACACCCCAGGAACCAACGAUCCGGAUGGAAACCACGUUGGUGUUAACCUCAACAGCAUUGACACCUCCGAGGUUCAGAAAGCCGAAUACCAUGACCACGACGGUGACGUAGUCCCUAUUGAUAUGCGGAAUGGUGAGAACAUACGUGUUUGGAUCGAUUUCGACGGGAGUCGCGGGACCGCUCCCGAGAUCAAGGUCACAAUUGCUCCUGCAAGCGUUUCUCGACCUUCUAAAACUUUGUUCAAUUUUUAUGACAAUCGAAUAGGCCAGUACAUAUCCAACGAGAUGUUUGUUGGGUUCUCUGCCUCAAAGGACACUUCAGGAGAAGCGCAGAGGAUCUUAGCUUGGAGCUUUACUAAUAAAGGAUUUGGCUCUUUGCCUGACAUAAACACAACAAAAUUGCCAAGUUUUACACCGCAUCUUCCACAUUCGCAGCCGUCAUAUCCUGUAGGAGUUAUAUUUGGAAUCGCUGUUUCUUCUUUCGCCGUUAUAAUUUUAAUCUUAUUUGGAUCGUAUUGGUUUUGGCGAAGGAAGAGGAAAAGCGAAGAGGAGGACAACAUCGAAGAAUGGGAACUUGAGUACUGGCCCCACCGGUUCUCAUUCCAAGAGCUUAACGAAGCAACAAAUGAAUUUUCCAAAGAAAAUCUUGUAGGAUUCGGUGGUUUUGGCAAAGUAUACAAAGGAACUCUAUCCAACAACACAGAGGUCGCAGUCAAAUGCGUCAACCAUGAUUCCAAGCAGGGAUUUAGAGAGUUCAUGGCGGAGAUCUCAAGCAUGGGCAGGCUGCAACACAAGAACUUAGUCCACAUGAGAGGGUGGUGCAGGAAAGGCAGCGAGUUGAUGUUGGUCUACGAUUACAUGCCAAAUGGCAGCCUCAGCAGUUGGAUCUUUGACAAGCCGAACCAACUGUUAGGGUGGGAGGGACGGCGAAGGGUGCUCGUCCAUGUAGCAGAGGGCUUGAAUUACCUGCAUCAUGGGUGGGACCAGGUGGUGCUGCAUCGUGACAUCAAGUCUAGCAAUAUAUUGCUGGAUUCAGAAUUGGAAGGUCGGUUAGGGGACUUCGGGCUGGCCAAAUUGUACCAACACGGGACCGGGGGGCAAGCGCCAGGGACGACAGGGGUGGUGGGUACGCUUGGGUAUAUGGCACCGGAGCUGGUGAACAUGGGUGCGACGGCAUCAAGCGAUGUCUAUAGUUUUGGGGUGACGGUGCUGGAGGUAGCGUGUGGACGGAGGCCAAUUGACUUGCGAUGGGAUGAGCCUUUGUUGGUUGAUUGGGUGCGAAAGCUUUAUGCACAAGGAAGGCUUUGCGAGGCGGCAGACGCAAGGAUUGCCGGAGAGUACAGAGUGGAGGACAUGGAGACAGUGUUGAUGUUAGGGCUGGCUUGUUGUAAUGCCGACCCUCUGCAGCGACCAAUGAUGAAGGAUGUGUUGGGCAUACUGACGAGUGCAGAGGGGUCGGCCCCAGUGCGGAGUUUAUUGUCGGAGCUUGCGCAUGGUAGUGUUGGUUCCGGCAAGGCGCUGGAGAUGGAGAUGACAUUAUCAGGUACAGGUAGUAAUGAAUCACCUCCACCUCCCAAGUUAUGCACGUCAGUUUAUAUCCCUCUCAGGAACAGCUACGGAGGUUAAGAUCCUUUCAGAUUUGGCCUUGGAUAUGUAUCAAGAAGCUAAGACAUGCUGCGCUCUCUUUUGGCAAUGCGAGGAAAGAAACCAAUUGGAAUUGGAAUUGGAAUUGGAAUGAAUACAUGCCCACCCAGUACACAGAAAUCGAUCGAGUUUCCGCCGGCCGGUACCGGUGGGGAGCCGGCUGCUGGCCCUCCCAUGAAUCUUAUACUAAUUAAUCAAUACGGGUAUGGGGCUAGUUGAGGUCCGGUCCAAUACGGGGUUGGGGCCAGGUCUCAAUUCCAAAGAAUGGAAAUGCAUCAACCCGCCACGCCACUGGCUUAAACAAGGAACCGAGGAAGGUGGAGUGCAGAUAUACAAGGGAAGGGUAGAUUCCUUCAUUUCUGUGGUAGCCGGCGCGCCGCGUUGUAGUAUCUUGUCCAACACUGUCACUAUCACUUGUUGCUAAUUAAUCCAUGAA